GCAAACACCAAGAUGUUUGCCAAGUUUUGGGUUUUUUUGGCUCUUUUUUGCCUCCACGUCCAGCACAGCCAUGGUGCCACAGACAAAGUAAUUUGCUACGUUGCCAGUUGGGCGAUUUACCGCCCUGACAAGGGCGAGUACCACCCAAAAAACAUCGACCCGAACAUAUGCACCCACAUUAACUAUGCUUUCCUGGGCGUUUACCCCAAUGGUACUCUCCAAAUGAUCGACGAAUGGGGCGACAUUGAAAAAGGAAAUUUCGCCGAAGUCGAAGCUUUGAAAGAAAUCAAUCCAAACUUGAAAACAAUAAUCAGCAUAGGAGGCUGGAACGCCGGAAACGCCAUUUUGGCGCCGAUCGCCGCCUCACCGGAACUCAGAGCCAACCUGAUUGCCAGCUCUUUCGAGUACUUCGAGAAAUACGGCUUCAACGGGCUGGACAUCGACUGGGAAUAUCCGGAGGCCAAAGACAAAGAAAAUUUCAUAACUCUCCUCCGAGAGAUCAAGGAGGCGUUCCAGCCCAAAGGUCACCUUCUGACCAUCGCCGUGUCGGCGAUUCCCAUCGACGACGCCUACGACAUUCCCGGCAUGUCCGAGAACGUGGACGUCAUCAACCUCAUGACCUACGACUUCCAUAUACCUGGGGGCGGCAUCGCUGCCGAAAACUCGCCCCUUUAUUGGGGUGGUGCGGACACCCCAUGGCAGAGAGAAUACGAAAACGUCAACUCGACGGUGGUCAACUGGGUCAAUGCUGGGGCAGACCCAGGGAAGCUUACCAUCGGGUUGGCCUUCUACGGGCACACUUUCCAGCUGGCUGAUCCGGCCCAGCACGACCUGGGGGCGCCUGUCAUCGAUGCGGGAAUGUCGGGGCCCUACACCAAGGGCUACGGGGUCAUGGGUUUCAACGAGAUUUGUGAAUUUACGGGUGAUUGGACGCGGGUGUUUGACGACCAGCAGAAGGUGCCAUAUAAGUAUAAGGACGACCAGUGGAUUGGGUAUGACGAUGAGGAGUCGGUGGCUUUGAAGGUUCAGUUUGCCAAGGACCAUAAUAUGGCAGGGCUUAUGAUUUGGACGGUCGAUAUGGACGAUUUCUUGGGCCUGUGUGGGCCGAAGAACGGGCUACUUGAAGUGAUUAAGCAAAAUUUGUAAUAAGUUAAUUACUUUUUUCAAAGAAUAAAUUACUUUA